GGCCCAUGUCGGCCGUUUUCGUAGUCUGGAUUACCUGCCCCUUCACUGUCGAUUGGAUCACAGGCGAUUGAAGCUCUAUCAAUAGAUAUAUGCAUUACCAUAUCCCACCCACCUAAUAUACUAUGAAAGAGAUCUACAUUUAACCUUCACAUUAUAUUUCGUUGAUAGAGCUUCAAGCACCUGUGAUUGGAUCAGGCAAACGCUGUCAAUGGCGGCGUCCACUGCAAAGUGUAAACUCAAUCAAUAUUCUUGAUUUUUUGAUUAAAGAGUUAAAAUUUUAGAAUAAUAAUAUGGAUCAUUGCUAUUCCAAGGAAAAAGAGCUACAAAAUGAGAGAAUUCCAUCAGUAUUUGGCACAGAUCAUAGCUACAACAAAAUAUGUGACAAUACUUGUAGAACUCCAACAAAUAAUCGUAAGAGAGAAAGAAGUACACCGACUGGGAAAACUCCCCAACAGCCUUCAAAAAUUGGAACUGCAGUUUUAUCUGGUCAGAAACGCAAUACUCAUUGGACAGAACCGGAGAAGGACUAUUUCAUUCAAUAUGUCAAACACACACCACUAAAUGAAACGCUUACAGAUUACUGGCAGAAAUGUGCUUCUACCAUGAAUGCCAGAUUUCCAGCCGGGAUGCGUAAUGGGCUUGCAUGCAAGGGAUUGUCACAGAGGUUAUUUAUAACCCCAUUAAGAGGUCAUACAGAAUGUUCCUUAGAUGAAAAAGACAUUGCAUCUGGAUUUAGUAUGUUGUCAACCCAGGAUGUAAUGACACGGGAUGUAGGGACACAGACUGCCUUGUCACUUCCAGUCAACACUAAUACUAGUAAUAGUUUCGAUGUUAAAGACGGUGAAUGGUUGUUUAUGGAACCAAGAAAAGAACUUGAGCCAGUUGCCAGUGUUGGUGCAGAAUACCUGCAUAGAACAGCUUUAAAGCGAUUAAGGCAUUAUCUUAGUAUAUCUGACGGAGAAAAAGCAAGCCUGAUUGAUGUGCUUUUUAUACGCCCGUUUGAAAAACGGGACGUAUUAUGGGAACGCCCCUGGCGGGCGGGCGGGUUGGCGGGCGGGCGGCGUCCACAGACCUUGUCCGGAGCAUAUCUUCUACAUGCAUGAAGGGAUUUUGAUGAAACUUGGCACAGUUGUUCACCAUCAUGAGACGGAGUGUCAUGCGCAAGAACCAGGUCCCUAGGUCUAAGGUCAAGGUCACACUUAGAGGUCAAAGGUCAAAUUCAAGAAUGACUUUGUCCGGAGCAUAUCUUCUUCAUGCAUAGAGGGAUUUUGAUGAAAGUUGGCACAAUUGUUCAUCAUCAUGAGAAGGAGUGUCAUGCGCAAGAACCAGGUCCCUAGGUCUAAGGUCAAGGUCACACUUAGAGGUCAAAGGAUACAAGAAUGAAAACUUUGUCCGGAGCAUUUCUUCUUCAUGCAUAGAGGGAUUUUGAUAUAACUUGGCACAAAUGUUCACCACCAUGAGGCGGAGUGUCAUGCGCAAGAACCAGGUCUCUAGGUCUAAGGUCAAGGUCACACUUAGAGGUCAAAGGAUACAAGAAUGAAAACCUUGUCCGGAGCAUUUCUUCUUCAUGCA